UUUCCCACAGUCAAAUCACUCGCCUCUACAGCCGGUUCACCAGCCUGGACAAAGGAGAGAAUGGGACUCUCAGCCGUGAAGAUUUCCAGAGGAUUCCAGAACUUGCCAUCAACCCACUGGGGGACCGGAUCAUCAAUGCCUUCUUUCCAGAGGGAGAGGACCAGGUAAACUUCCGUGGAUUCAUGAGAACUUUGGCUCAUUUCCGACCCAUAGAGGAUAAUGAAAAGAGCAAAGAUGUGAAUGGACCAGAACCACUCAACAGCCGAAGCAACAAACUGCACUUUGCUUUUCGACUAUAUGAUUUGGAUAAAGAUGACAAGAUCUCCCGUGAUGAGCUGUUACAGGUGCUUCGCAUGAUGGUUGGAGUGAAUAUCUCAGAUGAGCAACUGGGAAGCAUCGCAGACAGGACCAUUCAGGAGGCUGAUCAGGAUGGGGACAGUGCCAUAUCUUUCACAGAAUUUGUUAAGGUUUUGGAGAAGGUGGACGUAGAACAGAAAAUGAGCAUCCGAUUUCUUCACUAAAGGACAGAGACCAAACUGUUCCUUUUGGUCUAGUAUUUAAGAACUGGAACUUGACAGUCCUCCUGUCCACCAGCCCCACCUCCACCCCAUGAUUCCCCUUUUCCCAAAGUACUACUGCUGUUGCAUGACAACCCCAAAUAUGUUCUGUCAACACAAACCUGCCUUUGGUGUAUAAACAGGGCAUUACAGAAUGGUACACCCAGUCUAUUUCUGUUCAGUAUCCAUUCACCAGUUCUCCAUUUAUAAAUAUCAUCUUCUUCUGUUCUGCUGCUGAAUGCCACACAUCCAUCCAGUCUGAGGAAGUGAGAGAGGGAAUCAUGCCAAGAACAAGCCAGCAAAGCUCUUCCACUGGAUGUAGACUGUAGCCGUGCUGCCUUCCCGCCAGUGAGGCCUCGGCAUGCUUUUUCAACCCUUCUUAUAUGUCCUUUGCUUCCUGCUUCUCUGUUACCUGACAUACCAUUCACUUAGUCUUGCAGUCUCCCUGCUUUUCAUUGAGCCUCAAAUUCUCUGUUCUCCGUAGUGCUGCAAGCUAUGCCUGUUCUAUGUAUUUCUGACUUGGCAGAAUAGUUCAGUGGUCUGGCAGUUUGUAUCUACCUUUAUUAUUAAAUGAGUCCCUGGACUGUUGCCUCUCCAGGAACUUUUUGAUAACCAGCACUUCUCUUAGAAGAAUGAGACCAUCUAUUGGUCUUCAGCACUCCGCUCUGACAUCAGAGGCAACCCGGUGAUGUCCUUUGUGAAAGAUGGCCUUGGUGAGAGGUGUAGAGCCAAGUCUUCUAGGUUGCUUGCCCAGGUCACUCUGCUUCUGGUCUCUGAUUCUCAGUUGAUGCCCCUAGAGCUCCUCUUGUUAGUACAGUGUUGACUAUUCAGAAAGUAACCAUUUUUGCAGGUUUGCUUAGUUUUAGGACACUGGCACCACUAGAAUUGUUGCUCUGACCAUGUGCUUGGGGACUUUCUCAUGGCUUUUUGAACAAGGAGCCUGGGCGCCCUAUAAAGCCUCUUGUAGUCACACCUCUGCAGCAUGGUUUAUGCCUCAGUGUUAUGUGCUGGAAUGUUUUUUCACUUCACCUUUCCAAAUAGAAAGAUUAGUAUAAUGGAAGUGCCUAACUUAUCCCAGUCCAAUAUAUUUAAAGAUUGUCUUCAAUGUCUUGAAGUUUUGCACAAAAUUCCUUAUGAAUUUACACUUGGCAAAUGUUAAUGCUGGAAGCCAUAGUCAGUUUAUAUUAAGUCCAAAGCAUUGACUGUACUAUAUCAUUAGCUGCCUGGUUAUAUCAGCUUCCUAACUCCUUGUGUAGACCACUGCUAAUCCCUUAGAAACAAGGGGUCUGGCACUGGUGACACAACCCAAGGUGGCAUUACAGGUCUUUGAGCAAGCCACAGCAACUUCUCUGCCGAAGUCAGCUUAGUUUAGACUUCAAAAAGUCAGGCUGUUUCCAUCCUAAUGUAUGUCUGUAUGAGUCUAUUCAUCCAUAUAUCUGCCCUCGGCUGACUUUCUCUGACUCAUUGCUUGCUUGCUUGCUUGUUUCCUUGUUUUCUUGCUUUGGAUGACUAAGAUGUGUGCAUAAUUCUUUAGGAAGGGGAUUGCUAAAAUAUACCACUGCAAAGGAAUCGGGAAGGAUGGAGAACAGGGGAGUGGCCAGGCUAGAUGACUCAACUCUAAAUGAAUAAGGGAUUCUUUAUGAAGUAUCAGUCUGAUUUUGUGAUCAAGUGAUGUAAUAUAGGAAUUGUAUAAAAGGGAAGAAUUGUCUGAUACUGAUCUGUUUAGAGAGGUACUUCAGAGGCUCCUUGAUUUGCGUAUUUAAAGUUCCUAAGAUUAUGGCUUUUCCCCAUUUUGGCUGUAUAGCAAACUGUUUUAAUCCACGGUCGUGCCUUAUUGUUCCAUUGAAAUUGUAUCUUUGGUCCAUCAAUAAAUACUUGUGGGUAAAACAAAA